GCUCACUCUCUGUGUUCUUAAGAAUCUGCAGAACAUGCACAGUGUGGAAAAGCAGAGAAAGCCUUCGGUGUCAGAAACUACACCUUUAAAAUGAAACUAUUUUAUAUUAUCUUUAUUUUUAUAUGGAUUACUUUCAAAACAACUGCUUCAGAAAGCGAUGAAAAGGCCGACUCACUCAAGCAGAAUUGCCCUGGUAUCUUGAUGUUUGAGCAAACUGCAUUUUUGCAAGAUAUGAGUGUCGAGCUGCCUUGCCGCUGCAAGCCUGAUAAAAUCACAGCAGUGAUAUGGUUUUACAAAAGGCAUCUUAACAGCAAGGAUGUCACAUUAAUAAAGGACAGCCAGGAUAAAGUGAUGGUGGACGAUUCAAGCUCUAAGAGGGAAGCUGAUUUGUAUGCAAGAUUUGAUGUCGUCGACCACGACCUUCUGAUUGUCCGUUCCCAUCCUGAUGACUCUGGAAUUUAUAUCUGUGGUUCAAAGACAGGCGAGUUCUUUUAUGGUUAUGAACUUGAUAUCCAGAAAAACUCGGAUGCACGAGUGAUAUUCAGUGACAAGGAGGAAAAUCCCAUUCCAGAUUUUAUAACAGAUGAAUUUCAAGCCUACACCAGUUUGGGGAAAUGGUCCCCAUGUGAUCGAUGUGGAGUUAGAGGAGAGCAAACAAAAAUCGGCCUGUGCUAUGUCAAUAGCAAGUAUAUUAAUCCACGCUACCAAGUUAAAGAUACAGAUGUUUCAUGUGGCUCGGAUGCUAUCCCUGAAAGAUUCAAGCCACUGAUUGCCAAUCGUACAGCGGAGAUAUUUGUCAGGAGCUGUGAGGCUCCCUGUGACAAGAACAGAACAGGCAUAUUGGGAAAAGUUGUGAAUGCUGCAAACAAUGUGGCAGGGUAUUUGAAAAAUCGAUUUGGUUUUCUUCCAAUACACAAAUUGCCCACCCAGAAGCAUGUUUCUCCUUUGGGCGGUAAAGUGACGAUUACUUGUCCGGGAUCAAAACCAGAGGAUGCAGUAGCCUGGGACAAAGAUAAGGAGAGACUGUACCGCACCGAAUUCCUGAUUGGAAUACGCAAGUACAUGAACGUGUUUAUCGACCACGGAAACAAUUUGCACAUUAAAUUUGCACAAUUCAGUGACAAAGGACUGUACACCUGCUGGCUUAAUGGAAAGCGGCAAGCUUCUUUCGAGCUGAAUGUUAGCAAGAAACCUCCGGUGCGCCGCAAACUUACAGACACGGAGUCUAUUUUUGCUAUAAAAGUCAUUGGUUUUUGUUUUCUAGCCUGCACAGUAUUGUUUUUUCUCAUCUGUUCAAUCAGAUGUUGUUGCUACUGCUGCAAAUGCUGUCCGCUUAAAUUUGAUCCAGAAGCGGAAGUUUAAAGCUAGUGGAACCGAAGGUAUUUUAUCACCAAAUUUGUGACUUCUACCAAUUUCUGGGAGUGGAUCAGGUGCGAUGGCGGUGGAGUUGGAGGAGAGGGAGGAGGGUUGGGACUGUGCUAUGCACAUAGCACGCGCCUGAUACCACUGCAGAUUCUGUCCACAUAAGGGCCAUGACACAUGGGGAGAUUAGUCGCGCCAAGACAAAUCUCCGUUGUCACGGGCGACUAAUCUCCCCGUAAUGCCAUCCCACCGGCUAGAAUGUAAAUCGACGCUAAUAAUUUCUAGUUUUAACACUGGAACUAAUGCAAUAAAUAUUUUAUUUUACAAA